UCCGGCUGUCGAAACAAAACAACAUUAAUGUUAAUCUAUUUUUAGAUGAUACGUAUUUUAUAUAUCAGAGUUUAAUUUAUGCGCAGACAUUUAUACAAAAUGCGUGGAGUGUUUUUGACGGCGUUUAUUUUCAUUUCUUUUGGAUUAUCUUUACUGUAUGCAGGUCGUUGGUCAGAAUGGCAAGACCUGACAAUCUGUACAGCGAAGCCAUGCAGAUGCAGAGGAUACGGGAGACGAGAAAAAUGUGAAAGUGGGAAAAAGGUAGAGAUUCGCACGUGUAUCCGGGAAGAUAGGGACACAUCUAAAUGCCGGUCAGAGUAUGGAAUUGGUGCGAUCAGAUUGAAUAAUAGAUGCAGAAACAUAAAUGUAUGCCCAGGAUGGUCCGACUGGAUUCCAGCUGAGAACUGUGACUGCCAAAGGGAAAUUCAAUUGGUCAGAAGGCUAUGCAACAAUCCAGCCCCUAUUCAUCCGGAUGUUCUCUGUUUUGACGAAAAUACUGACGAGAUGAUUAGAGAGCAGGAGAGACUGGAACCUUGCCACUGUACAGAGGAAGAAAAAAGGGCAAGAGCAACAACAACAACCACCACCACCACCACCACGACUACACCACUGCCUACAACGCCACUUCCGUGCUGUGAAGAUGUGUACAGUGAAUAUUUGGCUGGGUAUGAUUAUCACGAAUUGCUAAACAUCGACCAAACAACAACAACAACAACAAGUAGACCACUGCCGACAAGGAAACUAUCGGCUCUAGAGGUCGAAUUGUACGCUGAAUACGAUUCUAUGUUUAACUCACUCCCUGCAGAGGGCUGUAGACCAUGUGGAAGUACAACGGACGACUAUGACAACGAUUACGGAUAUGACUAAGGCGGUGUCGGUAUCUUCGGUUAGAGGCUAAUUAAUGACUAGUCAGCUCCCCAGAUUGUGGACACUUCUGAUACCUAGGACAGUGCAACCUUAUGAAGUUAGCGCGUAUGUCUGGUAGCUGUGUUUCACUACAGUUUUCCAUCACACUAUGUCUAUUGCUGAUUCUUAAAACAGACAGAGAUAGGAAUUUAUAUGUGAUUUUACAAAAUUAACCAAAACAUAACUUGAACAUUUAGUACCAAAGGCAUUGUAGAAUUUAAACGAAAAUGAAAACAAAUGUAAAUAAAUCUUUACCUGCUUUUUAGUUCAA